UAGAAUGGAGAUUCUUCCUCAGCUCGCCAACAGCGAUUGAAGCUGGAUUUGUAAAAAGAGAUGAGUGAGUUCCAUCUUCUUAACAGUGCUGGAAAACCUGAACAAGACUUUUCUCUCCGUGGAAAACAGACACUGCUUGUUAGGAGUCACUCACUUAAGGAAGACAAAUUGCAAAAAAAAAUUUUUUCUCAUGGCCAGGGGGUGUCUGGAGAACAGAUGACAAAGAGGACUGACUCCUGAAGCCUGAUUUCUCAACAUUUCCACCAGGUGCUGCAGUUUAUCUGACCUGAUGUUACUGAGAACAAGUGGGAUCCUUUGUCUCUUGAUAGCUUUGAGUGCCACAGAAAAUUCAAAGUUUGCAGAGUUCCACUGCCAGAAAGAAGUAUCUGCUUGCGAAAAUGACCCAGUUGAGAUAAACUGCACUAGCACUAUGGACUUGCAUGGCAUAGAAUUAUAUUUCUGUAAAGAUGACAACGACAGGGGAGAACUCCUCUUCAACAUGACCACAGUAGGAAAGUGUCUGCUUCAGAAAGGGAUGUGUCUCAAGUUUGAGAACCGAAAAGUCACGCUGGUGAUCGAGAAAACCCAAAUUUCCCAUCGUGGACUCUACCGGUGGCGUCUUUUCAGCAAAGGAUCCUUAAUUAAAUUUACUAGAGUAUAUGUGUCAGAAAACCCGACAGUCUCCAAGGAAAAUGGCAAACUGAUCUGCCAGGCAACACUGGAAAAGCCAGGGAGAAGAAUCAUCUGGACCAAUGACCAGCCAACAGAGAAAACAGAGUUCAUACAGGAUGCCAGAGGCCUAUUCAAUCUCAGCAGCAUUCAACUUUGGAAGGAUAGUUUUAACAGUAAUUCAUACUGCUGUGAAGUUGUGGAUGAGGACUCCCAAAAAUCUUGUGGACAAACUUGUUAUACUAAUGCCAUAAUGAGUAGAUCAUUAGGUGAGGUCUGCAAGAAUGGGGCAGUUAGAGUGAAUAAUUUUUUAAGUUUUUUAAGUUUGCUGUUUGGGGUAAAAAUUGCAAGUCUAAUGUAUUUGGAAUGGGAUCUGGCAGGGAGCUCAGAAAUGUGGCUUAUGAUCUUGAGCCUUUGUCCCUUUGUGACAAUAAUUUUUUGUUGUUGUUGUUCAGGCAAUUGGGGAUAAGUGACUUGCCCAAGGUCACCCAGUUAGGAGGUGUUAAGUGUCUGAGGCCAAUUUGAACUCAGGUUCUCUUGACUUCAGGGUUGGUGCUCUAUCCACUGUCCCAAUAAUUCAUUUUUAAAAGCACUUUAGAGGUUCAGUUUGAUUUUCUGAUAACAAUCUCAUAAGAAAUAUUAAUUAAAUAUUAUUAUCACACUGCCAUUUGACAGAUAAUGAAGCUGAGACUGAGAAAGAGAAUGUAGCUCAUUAGUGUGAGAGCCAGAACUUGAAUCUAAAUCAUCUAACUCUAAAUGCAGAAUUUUUGCCACACUGACCUUUCUCUUUAAAUCUACCCUUUCUAAAAAAAAAAAAAAAAAAACCAAAAAACCAUGACUUUAAAAAUAAGCACUUACUUUAAGAUUUGUUCAUAUCUAUUCCUGCUAACUAGUUCUUUGGCCUCCUGAAUGAUUUCUCUGUACUAUUUCUGACUCUAUUCUUUGAAUUUUUAAAAAUACAGUUUACUGAGGGAGAAGAAAAUACUUUGGAUGGACAAAUUUCUCCACAAAAUCCUUAAUUUUCCUAGUUCAUGGAAUCAUAAAGCAUUUGAGCUGGGAAAGGACCUUAUUAUCAUAAUUUUUAUUUUAGAAAUAAGAAAUCUAAGAUCCAGAGAAAUUAAAUGAUUUGCCCAAAAGUAGUAUGUAGCAACUUGGUCCAGCAGGGAUGCAAAUAGAGGUCUCUGAAUUCCCAGUUCAGGGCUCACUCAUCAUUUUUGCUUUUACUUCAGUGUAAGUCUUCCAACAAUGAAUCAAAACAAAACACAGUUAUAAUCAUCAUGAUUGUUCUGGGUGUGUUCCUCAUAUUAUAUUUAAAAAUUUUAAAUAAAAGAGUUGUUGGUAGUCCUCA